UGCGUAACGAGCCGCUUCAUGAUAGCGACUAGACCGCCACCAUGUGGCCGACGUGUAGGCCGCUAAGGCCUCAGAUUGCUUUCACAUCCACCUCCAAAUCAACACGAUGGUCCGUGCUAUUUGCAUUGAACAGGACCAGGCUCUAUUACCAGAGUUCGGUGAGGCGACAAGGAGCUGCAGCUGCUGCGACGCCCAAGCAGGAAUCCGCCACCCCGGCAGCUGAAGAAGUCAAGGCAAUCCCAUAUGGCAACCUGACGAUCGGUGUUCCGCUGGAAGUUCGAACGGGAGAGAAGCGAGUUGCCAUCACUCCUCAAAAUGCCAAGCUACUGCUCAAGAAAGGUUUCAAGCAGGUUCUGGUUGAGCAAGGAGCUGGCUACGCUGCUCAAUUCUCGGCCCACGAUUAUGAGGAGGCCGGAGCAACUCUCGUCAAUGCCAGUCGUGUGUGGGAUGAUAGUGACAUCGUCCUCAAAGUCCGCCCACCAAGACUUCGCAGCACCACACUGUCACCCAAUAACUUCGUUCGUGGCUUCAAGGAGGGCGGCGUCUUGAUCUCUAUCUUGCAACCGGAUCUUGAGCGCAAUAAGAAAAUUGUACAGGCAUGUGUCGAGAAGAAGAUAACCACUUUUGCCAUGGACAAGAUUCCUCGCAUCACCAGAGCCCAAUCUUUCGAUGUAUUGUCCUCGAUGGCCAAUAUCGCAGGCUACAAAGCAGUGUUGGAAGCAGCUAAUAACUUUGGACGAUAUUUGACAGGCCAGACCACUGCAGCCGGCAAAGUGCCUCCGUGUAAGGUGCUGGUCAUCGGAGCCGGUGUGGCAGGUCUCAGUGCCAUCGCUACUGCCAGAAGAAUGGGAGCCAUCGUCAGAGGUUUCGAUACCCGAUCAGCUGCGCGUGAGCAGGUACAGUCUCUCGGUGCAGAGUUCAUCGAGGUCGACAUCGAAGAGACUGGUGAUGGUGGUGGUGGAUACGCGAAAGUCAUGUCAAAAGAGUUCAUCGAGGCUGAGAUGAAGCUCUUCAUGGCACAAGCAAAGGAGGUCGAUAUCAUCAUCACCACCGCCUUGAUCCCGGGUCGUGCGGCUCCGACAUUGAUCACUGAAGAAAUGGUCUCUGCAAUGAAGCCUGGUUCGGUGAUUGUUGAUCUGGCUGCUGAGGCUGGCGGUAACUGCGAAGUCACAGUUCCAGGAGAGCUGACGCAGCAUCAAGGUGUUACGGUCAUCGGAUAUACGGAUCUGCCUUCGCGACUGCCGACUCAGUCUUCCACGCUCUACUCCAACAACAUCACCAAGUACUUGCUUUCGAUGUCGCCCAAGGAAGGUCACUUUGGAAUCGAUCUAAACGAUGAAGUCGUACGAAGGUCAAUAGUGACCCACAAUGGCGAGAUACUACCGACUCUGCCACCAGUCGCGCCACCAGCGCCAGCCCCCGCAAAGGUAGAGGACAAGAAGGAAGAGGUCGUAGCCUUGACGCCCUGGCAACAGGCAGUGCGUGAGGUCAGUGUCAUCACAGGCGGCAUGACCACCGCUCUCGCUCUAGGCAAAGCGACUGGACCUAUCUUCAUGAGCAAUGCCUUCACCUUCGGUCUUGCAGGUCUGAUUGGGUACCGCGUGGUCUGGGGAGUUGCCCCUGCGCUUCACUCGCCCCUUAUGUCUGUCACGAAUGCUAUAUCCGGUAUGGUCGGCAUUGGUGGCUUCUUCAUCAUGGGAGGUGGUUACCUGCCGCAGACUCUACCGCAGUAUCUGGGCGCCGCAUCUGUACUGCUGGCUUUCGUCAACGUCGCUGGCGGGUUCGUCAUCACCAAACGAAUGUUGGACAUGUUCAGACGACCAACAGAUCCAAAGGAGUACCCAUGGCUAUACGCCAUUCCUGGUGUGCUGUUCGGCGGAGGUUUCUUGGCAGCAGCAACGACUGGAAUGGCAGGACUGGUGCAAGCAGGCUAUUUAGUCAGCAGUCUGCUAUGUAUUGGUUCUCUGUCUGGCCUUGCCUCCCAAGCGACAGCGCGAACAGGUAACCUGAUGGGCAUUCUCGGUGUAGGAUCUGGCGUUCUAGCAUCUUUGGCAGCUGUCGGAUUUCCAGUUGAGACCCUCAUCCAAUUCAUUGCCGUUGCUGGCAUUGGCAGCAUGGCCGGAGGACUCAUCGGCCGGCGCAUCUCUCCCACCGAGCUUCCACAGACUGUAGCUGCGCUGCACUCUGUGGUCGGUCUCGCAGCGGUAUUAACCAGUAUUGGCUCAGUCAUGGCUUCCGUCUCCCACUUGGAUCCACUACACAUGGUCACUGGCUAUCUCGGCGUCCUGAUCGGAGGUGUCACAUUCACAGGUUCCAUUGUGGCUUUCAUGAAGCUUGCCGGCAAGAUGUCCUCGCGCCCCACUGUUCUGCCAGGCAGACAUCUGAUCAACGGCGGAAUGUUGGCUGCUAAUGCCGCCACUAUGGGUUUCUUCCUUACUGCCGCGCCAGGAGCUCCCGUGAUCGCCGCCACGUGCUUGGGCGUUAACACUGCUCUGAGUUUCGCCAAGGGCUUUACAACAACUGCAGCUAUCGGUGGCGCCGACAUGCCCGUGGUCAUCACCGUGCUGAACGCGUACAGCGGCUUUGCUCUUGUGGCUGAAGGCUUCAUGUUGAACUCCCCCAUUCUCACAACUGUCGGUUCUCUCAUCGGCGUCUCAGGAUCCAUUCUCUCCUACAUCAUGUGUGUCGCCAUGAAUCGCAGCAUCACAAAUGUCUUGUUCGGUGGUAUUGCUGCUCCCGCAAAGACAGACCAAAAGAUUGAAGGAGAAAUCACCAAAACUUCCAUCGACGAAACUGUAGAGAUCAUGAAGGGUGCUCAAAAGGUUGUGAUCGUUGUCGGUUAUGGUAUGGCCGUCGCGAAAGCUCAGUAUCCAAUUGCGGAUAUCGUCCAAAUGCUUCGUGGACUGGGUUGUGAGGUGAAAUUCGCAAUCCACCCAGUCGCUGGACGCAUGCCCGGACAAUGCAACGUCUUGCUCGCAGAGGCCAGUGUUCCGUACGACAUCGUUCUGGAAAUGGACGAGAUCAAUGAAGAAGGCUUCGACGAUGUUGACCUUACACUCGUCAUUGGUGCCAACGACACCGUCAAUCCGAUUGCACUGCAAAAGGACAGCCCUAUUGCAGGUAUGCCUAUCAUCGACGCCUACAAGAGCAAGCAAGUCAUUGUCAUGAAGCGAGGCAUGGGCAGUGGUUAUGCUGAUAUUCCAAACCCAAUGUUCUAUGCGCCCAACACGAAGAUGCUGUUCGGUGAUGCCAAGCAGAGUUGUGACGCUAUUAGAGCGGCGCUUGAUGCGUCGAAGUAAUGGAUACAGUACGAGAUCAGAGAUCAUUA